UCGUCUUGCUCUCUGUCGGUGCCGGGUGCUUCUUCGAAGUUGUCCGCCCGACUCUACCUCUGCCAUGGCUCACGACGCCCAUCUGCGCACUCAUCGCCUUCAACCUGUUCAUGCACUACUGUUGGGUGUGCAUCGUUCCUCCUGGGUUUGUGAUUGACCUCCCACGAGAACGCGGGUCUGGGUGGCUGUGGGCGAAGCCGAAGUCCAGAGGGGGUCCAUCUACUGCAGCGGGCGUACGAUGGAGUGAGGAGGUGAAUAUUACGACGGCCAGUGCGACGAGGUGUAAAAGGUGUAAGGUGCUGAGACCAGAGAGAGCGCACCACUGUCGAAUAUGCAACAAGUGCAUUCUGAAGUAUGAUCACCAUUGUCCCGGGGUAAACCAAUGCGUCGGUCUCUACAACGAGCGACAUUUCGUGCUCUUCCUUGUCUACGUGUCCAUCGCCACGUUCUGCUACGCUGCCUCCGGUUGGCGGUGCGUCUUCGCCGCUCUCGGCCUGUCCGGCGACGACCCUUGGCCGUACUACUCCCCGCCCGUGUUUGUCAUCGCGACAUACGUCCUCUCCGUCGUGAUGUGUCUCGCGGUGACCAUCAUGACCUCCUGGCACAUAUGGGGCAUCGCGUGCGGAGAGACAAGCGUGGAGAGCGCAGACCACGAGCAGUACCGCCAGACAGCGAAGGGGCGUGGAGAGACGUUUGUGAACUCGUAUGAUCUCGGAAAACGGAAGAACCUUGAGCUGUUCUUCAACGUCGGCCCGGAUGGAUACCCGCUGUACACCCUGCUGUUCCCCUUCCGCAUAGAACCGUACACAGACGGCAGGUCGUGGGCGCGGAGGCCUGGAUAUGAACGCCAUUCGGGCGUGCGAGAAGGCGAAGAGCUGACAGACCCAGAAGACGAGGAAUAGUACGUAACUGUGAUUCUGCUCCAUUUGUUUGUGUGAAUUGUGGUGUCACCGCAGUGCAUGUCAUGAGCUAUAUAUUGAUCGCAACAGCUUACGGUAUAACACAUACGCGGAGGGACAGUCUGGAUGUGACUGAGUUGAGUCGUUGACGUAGUCAUCUGGGAAGCAUUCACACCGCGGCCACGACUCUAGACACCACAACAUGUAAGUAUUUU